ACUCAGACCGUCAUAAUUUUUUUCUUUUUAAUGGCUACGGAGAUAGCUCAGUGGCAAUAGCUAGCUUAGCAUGUACAAGGACCUACCUUCGCUUCCCAGCACCGCAAAACCAAAAUAAGUCGGAAAGGGUGGACAAUCGAACAGUAACCAGGACAUCGCCCGGCCACCCAGUAAACUAAAGGCUCGUGAUACCGCCUAACUUCCGGUUCUUCCUCUCUGCUUCCGGGUUCGCCUACCUGCUUCCGGUGCUCUCCGGUCGCGAGCUGUAGAUCACCUCCUCGCAUCGCAAUGGCGCUGUCUCUGAGCCUUUUCUUGGGCGGUCGUGUCCGCGCUGCUGUCGCUCGCUGUGGGUUUGCGUCCCAGGGCGUGGCGGGUCCGGGUUCUAUCAGCCGCGAGCCAGAUCCCGAUUCCGACUGGGAGCCGGAGGAGCGGGAACUCCAGGAAGUGGAGAGCGCUUUGAAACGACAGAAAAAAGCAAUGCGAUUCCAGAAAAUUCGAAGGCAAAUGGAGGCUCCAGGUGCCCCACCUAGAACACUGACAUGGGAAGCCAUGGAACAGAUCCGCUUUCUACUCCUUAUCCUUUUAGAUUAUCUCUAUCUUGGACUUCCUCAGGCAAUUCCUGGGUCAGACUGCAAGUGUAGGAUUCCCUGCUCCUGGUCUCCCUCGGUCUCCAUCUUUGCUACAGUGCUUAGUUAUUUUCUCUACCACCCACCUGUAUACUGUUGUAUUUACAUAAGGAAUUUGCAGAGUCCUGGUCAGUUCCCAGGUUGGCAGAAGGCUUUGAUGUCAGCACUGAUGUUAUCCGAAGGGUUUUAAAAAGUAAGUUUAUACCCACUUUAGAGCAGAAACUGAAGCAGGACCAAAAGGUCUUGAAAAAAGCGGGGAUUACCCGAGUGGUUUGGCAGCUCCCUGUUUCUGAAGAUACGUUGAAGCCGCUCAGUGCAGGCCAUCCUAUGUCUGGCCCUCUGCUGAUGCCAGGGGAUGAAGUCUCCUCUAACAGUCAGACUCACAGCAGAGCUUUGAAAGUAAAGUCAAACGCUCCCAGCGCAGAGGCACAGAAGAAACGGGAAGAAAAGAAUAAAAGAAUCCGAGUCUUGGCAGAAAGCCUGGUGCCUACCACCACAGCCUUGGGUCAUCAGAGAGAGCUUCAGAAAUACACCACCCAUGACUCUGAGGCUGACAGGAGAGCCAACAAUCAUAUAUUACCAAGUGUGGAGAAGCUGGAAGAGUUGGAGGCUGGGGAGCCAGGUGACCAGAACUUCAGCAGCAAAGUAGUACAGAAGGGGCGUGAGUUCUUUGACAGUAACGGAAACUUCCUCUACAGAAUUUGAGCCUGGGCCUGGAUUUUGGAAAUGCCUAGACACAGCUGGACAAGUAGAUUUGAAGCUGCCAGCAUCGGGCAGCCAUUGGCCACUUUGGAGUAAGAGUCGAUGAGGCCAGGAUGAGGGUGGAUGGCUUACUUAUAGGUAGGUCAGACUUCCUGGAGUAAGCCCCAUGGAUCCCUGUGGAUCUAAGGACUCAUUCAUCUUUGUUCCUUGGAGGUCUUUCUGUUGAGAACAAGAAUUCUAGGUAUCCUGUCAUGGAUUUUUGUGAUACCGUGUUGGGAGGAAGUUGAAAGCUUGCUCUUGACCUCUUUUCCUUUCUAAUUCCUGAACACUAUUCUUGCUCUGUCUAAUCAGUUGGUUUCCUUAUGUGCAGAAUAAAGUAAAAUGGUGCGGUUU